GUUGGCUAAGUGGAAAAAUGGCUACGUACGGAAACGAAUCGCUUAAUAACUAUGUUUAUUCCUCGUACAACCCUUAUUCUUACAGAUGCCCAAAGCCUAAGGGGUGGCGGCAGAAAAACUACCUGAGUGUGUAUGGAAACGGUGAGACUUAUUUCGAUAAUUACCACCGCGCACAGCUUAAAUCCAUUCUUUCUCAGAUCAACCCGAACCUCACACCGCGCCUGCGCAAAGCAAACACCAGAGAUGUGGCUGUGCAGGUAAACCCGCGCGCAGACGCCUCGGUGCAGUGCUCGUUAGGACCGCGCACUCUGGCCGCGCGCCGCCGGGACGCGCUGCGCAGGCGCAGACCGGAGGGUCAGACCCUGGGUAGCCCGGUGAGUGGAGGGGUUCGAUUCCCCCGCACUCAGGCCGUGUAUUCACCCAUCGCUACCCGCGGCCUGGCUGCUCUGCUGGAGGAGCAAAGCGAGGAGGAGGAGGGUGAGGAGCAAGACAAUGUGGAAGGCCAAGAAGCCCAAAGCAGCAAGAAAUCAAAAAUGAAGCUUAGUCCUGGUAAAAACGAUGAAAACGAGCAGAAUAAAGCGGUUGAUGAAAGUCAAAGCGUGACUGAGAAAAGCGGACAGGAGGAGCUGAAGUCUAAAGUGAGGGUACGCUUUCAGUUUUUGGAGCAGAAAUAUGGCUACUACCACUGCAGAGAGUGCAACCUGCGAUGGGAGAGUGCCUAUGUGUGGUGUGUUCAGGGCACAAACAAGGUUUACUUCAAACAGUUUUGCAGGACAUGUCAGAAGGCAUUUAAUCCAUACAGAGUGGAAGACAUUACCUGCCAGGGCUGCAAGAAAGCACGCUGUACAUGUCCUGGAACAGCACGCCACGUAGACCCUAAACGGCCUCACCGUCAAGACCUGUGUGGUCGCUGUAAAGGCAAACGGCUUUCCUGUGACAGCACUUUCAGCUUCAAGUACAUCAUAUAGCACACCGUUUUUCCUGCACAGAAUUUAUCCUGAGGAUGGUUUGCCACUGACACCCAAUGUCUGGAUGAGGAUCUCCAACCAGGGCCUCAAUUACACCUUGCUUUAAACAUCAGUCCCAAGACAGGCCUGGGAUGAGUGCUUAGUACUGUGGUUUUUGUUUACAGUAGCGUUUCCAGCAAUGAACCACUUGGGAAAAGAAAAAUUAAAAAUUGCAAAAUGGG